UGGCGGUAGCUAGCCCAUCUUCUCUGUUUUAUUUUCUUCGCCAUCUCUUCUGGGACACGUUUCCUCUGAAAAAAUUAAGGUCGUCAAACCUGCGAUUCCCUCGUCCAUUUCCCCUCUGUUCUAUAUAACCAUACUCCGUUAUAUAUAUUUCGUUUGCACGUAUCAAUCCCCCAUGAAUGCGUUUACUUGAGACAAUUUCUCAAUCUGCACAUACGUAUCACAAUCUCUCCCUGCCUUUUUCUCUCUGGAGGUGUUAUUUUCCACCCGACUGCUUAAAAAACUGCGGUGAACGAGGGGGCAGGAUGGUCAAGUAAGAUUAACGAAUGUAUUGAUACAAGUGGGGUUGAAAAGUGUGAAAGAUUUAGGAAGGAAAGUUUGCAUCUUCGAAGUAAAUUUGUAGUUGUAUAUCUAUCUAUCGAUAGUUCGGGCCAUAAUGGACCUAAAUUCGAACCGUAAAUCCCCUGUUAUUGCUGAUGCUGCUCCCGUGAACAAUUCGAGGAUAGGCAUUGCUUCUCUUCUGCCUUACUCUCCUGCCGGUACAACUUUCUCUCAUAAGCUGUUCCUUACAAUCCCGAUGAUGAAGCCAGUAAUACUCGAUGACUUACAGUCGAACACUUGGUUAGAUGUGAUGAAAUCGUCCUCUCCCACUCACAAGAAUAGGAAUAAAGAUCAUAGUAUCGACCACAUAUUGAACGAGAAUGAUGUUCUCUAUUACAAUUGGACACUCAGAUAUCCAUCGGCACUCGCAUCCUUUGAGCAAAUCACGAACUAUGCAAAAGGAAAGAGGAUAGCGUUAUUCUUGGAUUAUGACGGGACCUUAUCACCAAUCGUUGACAAUCCAGAUUGUGCCUUCAUGUCAAAUGCUAUGAGAGCUGCUGUAAAAAACGUUGCGAAAUAUUUUCCAACAGCAAUUAUUAGUGGGAGAAGUCGUGAUAAGGUAUAUGAGUUUGUAGGACUAACCGAACUUUAUUACGCUGGUAGUCAUGGUAUGGAUAUUAUGGGGCCUGUGCACCCCGUUACAAAUGACUAUAAAUGCAUUAGUUCCACUGACAAGCAGGGUAAGGAAGUUGCUCUUUUCCAGCCCGCCAUAGAAUUUUUACCAAUGAUUGACGAGGUUUUUAGAUUGCUUGUCGAGAUAACCAGAGACAUUGCUGGAGCGAACGUUGAAAACAAUAAGUUCUGUCUUUCGGUUCACUAUAGAAACGUAGAGGAACAGAGUUGGGAAACAAUCGGGGAAUCUGUAAACCAGUUAUUGAAACACUACCCUCGUUUGCGAUUGACACAUGGUCGCAAGGUUUUAGAAAUUCGGCCCGUGCUCGAUUGGAACAAGGGGAAAGCUGUCGAGUUCUUACUUGAAUCACUUGGGCUAGAAGAUUGCGAUGAUGUCCUCCCUAUAUACAUUGGAGAUGAUCGAACAGAUGAAGAUGCGUUUAAGUUCUUGAGAGUUGGAAAUCGAGGAUAUGGCAUCCUGGUUUCUUCGACGCCCAAGGAGAGCAACGCAACAUACUCUCUUCGGGAUCCAUCCGAGGUAAUGGAGUUUCUGAAGUUGCUGGUGACGUGGAAGAAGUGAACAGAAGUUUAGCGCUCACUAUAAAUGAUUGAUGACAGUAAUGGAAGACUAAACUUAGUAAUGAAUGAUGAUACUAGAAUUUUUUGCUAAAGAAAUCUUAUUCUAAUCAAAAUUGUAAAGUGUUACUAAGGAACAGGAGCUGAGGUGCUUUAAGGAAAGUGUUUUAGAUAGUUUGAUUCUUCCUAAUGUCUAUAGCUUUUCUUUGUUUUGUUACUGUUGCACCAAGGAUGCCCUUUUCCUCUGUAUUCUGAUCUCCCAAAGGGGAGAGGGUAAUGUAGGAAACUAGGAAUAUUACUAUUGCUUUUCAAUUCACUAAUGACUUUAUA